AUGUGGCUUGUCUUUUUACUGGUAGUUGUGAGUGUGGUGGGUGGUACUCCAGUAACUAUUAUUGACCAUCUGCAGGCACUAUCAGAUUGCGUAGCGAAACUCGAGCAACGACUCCUUCUGUGUACAGGCCGUGUUAACCACACUCAAUUUCAGCGGCAUACAGGGCUUAGAUCUGGAAUUUACAUCCACGUCAAUACGAGUCAAUGUGAGUUCUCCUCGACGCCUACUUAUUUGACAAGUUUGACUGGAAAUUCAACCCGUUGGGCUACCGUGGGCAUUUCGACCGCCUACAGCCCUUCAGUAAUGGGAUUUGACGUGCAUCUAGCUUACUGGGAUCUCGGAUCAGCAACAGAAUAUAUGCUUAUGGCGGCAUAUCAACACCAAUGGGCACUUGAAUGGGUUGGCAUUGCAAAAACACAUUCAUAG